AUGAGCGAAAUUCAAAACUUUGAUAUACAAGUUGAACCAGAUAUUUCAAACGUUCUUCAAAAUACAUUCGAAUCUCAAGUUCCUGAUGAAAAUGAAGAAGUGAGUCAAAAGGAAUUUGUGACUUCUUUUAAUGACUUGGCCGUAUAUAACAUUGGAAAAAAGGUCUUGAUACGUGGUUUGGUUUCUCAUGUUACUGGGAUAAAGUUAUGUACGUCUAAAAUCAACUUCAAAUGUAUCGAAUGCCAAGAAAUUCAAACGCUGUGUUACAAUAAUGGAGGAAGGUAUUAUUUUCCAUCUAAAUGUAAAAUUCCCGGAUGUAAGAGUAAAAAGUUUACUCCUAUAAUGGAAUUUGGUGAAAACGAAGAAGCUGCUUCUUUUACUGAUUUGAGUAAAUUUAGAAUGCAAGAAAUGUGGAGUGAUGAUUAUAAUGAAGAAAAUCUUCCCAAAGUUAUCGAUUGUGAAUCUCGUAAUAAUUUGAUAGAUAAAAUCAAACCAGGUGAUUUUGUAUCCAUCGAAGGCAAAAUUCAAGUUUAUGAUAUUAAAAUUCUUGAAACUAAAAGCAAGUCACAUUACGGUAGCUCAACUUUACCUCACCUUUACAUUGAAAUCACAGAUAUAAAGAAAUUGUCGAUCUCUGAUUUAUAUAUUGAAAGCGAACUCGAUGAUAUUACUACGUCAGCAAAGGAAAACUCGUUUUCGUUAAGAGAUCUGUAUUCCAUUAGACAAGUCACCGCUACAUAUAAUCUUUUCAAACGAAUUGUUGCUUCGUUUUGUCCUUCGAUUUAUAGACACGAACUAGUUAAAGCCGGAAUAUUGCUUUCGUUGUUUGGAAAAAAUGAUAACGGGGCAAUUCACAUUCUUAUAGUCGGUGAUCCGGGAUCAGAUAAAACAGAAUUACUUUCGGCAACUAGCUCCAUAUCACCAAACACAGUAUUUACACCAAUAAAUCGAGGCGAUGAAUCUUCAAUUUUACCUACUUUACAACACGACAGAUAUUUCAAAGAAUGGACCCUCAAAGCUGGUUCUUUGGCAUUGAGUAAUGAAGGGAUUUGUCGAAUUGAUGACUUUGAAAAAUGUGGCAGAUUCAAUGCUCUUGCCGAAGCUAUAACUAGAAAAUCAUAUCCAAUUGGAAAGUAUGGAAUUAAAUGUUCGCUCAAAACUCAAACGAGUAUAAUCAGCGGCCAAUCCGGUCAAUGGGCGUGGGCGCUACAAGUAACUACAAUAUUAAAGUUCGAACUUUUAAAAGAUCAAACUAAACCUUCAGAAUUUAACUUUUAUGUUAGCAAGGACAAAACAUUAUCCAAGAACCUGAAAAUAAGCAAUAAUAUGUUAUCUACCUUUGACCUUAUUUUCUUAUUACUUGAUAUUCCAGAUGAAGAGAUGGAUAAUUACCGUGCAGAGCGUGUUAUUUCGGCAAAUCCUGAACUAUUUCUUGUAGACAUAUCACAAAGUCAUGAUAUUUCGUCGUCCGAUCUAUUUCCUUUAGAGUUUCUUCAAAAAUAUAUUGCUUACGCUCAUAGAUAUGUUUAUCCGCGCUUAUCAGAGGAAGCUCGUAAAAUUCUUAAACUCUCUUAUAUUAAGAUGAAACAAAAAUACCUUUCUAUGGAUCAAACGUCCAUUACUAUUCGCCAAUUAGAAACAAUGAUAAAAUUGGCUCAAGCGCGAGCAAGAAUGGAACUGCGAGAUUUAGUCCUAUGCUCAGAUGUCGAAGAUGUUGUUGAAAUCAUGUAA